ACUUUCACCCGUGAAGUUGUCUCACAGCGGAAAAAAACAACGGUCAGGCAAAUGAAACAUUUCUCGCCCCACGCCUGCAAACGAAUUUUAAUUCGCAACCAAUAUUUUCGUUUGAAAGGUUGCAAAAAUCGUUUCUAGACCUCAAAGGAUGUAUUAUCCCUAAAACCCUGAUUUUUUAGAUCUAUUUUUCGCUUACUGCGAAUGGAUUAAAGCAGCAGCUGUCGGGAGAGUGGUUUUGUUCAGUCUCAUUUUAAAAUAAAUUCUGCUUUGGUAUGGUUUCUUAACCUUUUUCCCGCAAGCUCUGCCCAUUUUCCUUGAUCGGCAUCGUUGAUAGCAGAACUCAAUUUGUGCAGAAUCUUAAGGGUUUCUUGGCGGGGCAUUACAUUCUAGCAAUUAUUGGAGCUGAUAUCUAUAUUUCUAUUGGCUGGAAAUUUAUAUCAGACUUAUCGGAUCAUGAUUAUGGCUCAUGUACAAAUGAUUUGCUAGAUAACUUGGAAGUAUGGACCGAUUUUUAAGGUUUGGAAGACGAUGCUGGUUUGUAUGUAGAGUUAUGUUUGGAAUUGAAGAGAGAAGCAUUCGGGCUCAAAAUGUGGCACUCCAUAAAAAACUUAUGCAGACGCGUGAACAGAAGGCAAUGCUUGAUAAAGUGCCAGAGCAAAUGAUUCUAUCGGAAGUUCGUAAGGUUGUUGAAAAUAUGCAAAGACUAAAUGACAGUCUCACAAAAACGGAAAAAGAUGUUGAAAAAUAUUUUAAGUCAAUGCGGAAGGAUGCAAAUGCAGUGAUCGAUGGACGACUUGAAGCAGAGGAAGCUACUAUGCGUGAUAUUGUACAGAUGCAGUUAUCUAACCAGAAUAUGUUGCAGGAGAAAAGUGAAAUAAAAAAAGAAAGUACCACGCAAGAGAUGGCACACUCAGUGUCUGCAAACAUGUCAGAAGAGAAUAUUGCACAGAAAAAAGAAGAUAAAGCUUCUACGGAUCUGACAAAUUCAGUGUCACAUAAAGUUGAAAUAGCACUUGAGACCAAAGCAAAAAAGCAACAGGAUCCUGGAACAUAAAUGUAUUCGUCAAAUGUUUUUUAUUGAUUCUUGUGUAACCUUUCUUCAGUAAUUGUAUUUGAUCGUCAUUUCUCUUCAAGGGGAAGAGACUCAAAGCUUCUAGCUUAAGGCUCGUGAUUCCUAUAUUUAUUGAAAUGACGGUCAAAAUAACCAACACAUGAAGGUCUUUGUCUUGUAAUUUUGAGACAAAUAAAUGAGACAUUAGUCAAUACGCUAGCCAAGCAGUUUUUUAAUUUUUUGGGUAUAUGACAAUUAAAUUUGGCAUCUGAUAGAUAUAGGGGGUUGCAGAAAGUUGAUGGAAGACACUUUGCUAGGAAGAACAUAAAUUCUGUCUUGUUAAAGAUGCAGUUUAUGGUUUAUAGUUUAAAAUUGAUCUGGAAAUUUUCAUUCUACCCAAUCAAUACUGAAACUUUUUUCCCAUAUUUAGUCAACUUUGACAUCCAGUUGGGAUUUUCAGAAAUA